CGCCAAUCCAUUGCAUCCGCCUUCAUCCUCCCAGCCAUACUAUCAACCCCAUCUACACCGGGGGUAAGUAGUAAUCCUCCCUCCUACCGGACCAACAAUAUCCCACUCAAAGCAAAUAAUUCUCAACCCCUCCAACCAAGCUAACAUCCCCAGACCAUCCACCUCAUCUCCGGAGUCAAAACACCACCAACAUCCAACAAACCCCCAAAUACUCAACCACUAACACAAUGGCCUCCCUCCUCCCUCUCCGCCGAGCACCCUCCACCCUCCUCUCCUCCACCUCCACCUCUACCACCACUCUCCGCCCCAUAACCACCACUCUCACCCUAACCCGACCCUUCAAAACCCGACGACCCUCCACCACCACCCCCAUCACCAGAACCCUCCCCCUCACCACCACCCCCUCCUCCACCCCCGCCCCUUCUACCCCCUCUCCAUCCGCCAAAAAUCCACCACCGGAGCAGCAGACAGCGAACCCACCUUCCGCCAAUGGGGCUUUGAAGACGUACGCCCCCUCCCCUUUCCCCAUCCAUCCCACCCAAACUAACACAUCAAUUCCACCCCAGAUAACCGCCUCCCUCCCCACCACGACCCCAUCCCCGCCCUCCACGGCCCAAAAAUCCCUUAUCUUGAUUGACGUCCGCGAACCCGCCGAAUUAAACUCUACGGGGAUCAUUCCCUCGGCGGUAAGCGUCCCGCUGGCGUCCCAGCCCGACGCACUCUUCCUGACGGAAGAGGAAUUCGAGACGCGGUUUGGGUUCCCCAAGCCCGGUGUGAAGGGGGAUGGGGAGAUCGUGUUUUAUUGUAAGGCUGGGGUGAGGGCGAGGGCGGCGGCGCAGUUGGCUGUGCAGGCGGGGUAUGAGGCCGAUAGGAUUGGGGUUUAUGAUGGGAGGGGACGGGUGGAGAGGUGGGAGGGGGAGGAUAAUUAGGGUUGUUUGGGGAAGUUGAAGUUGAAGGAUAGGUUUUGGUUUGGGGGUGGGGUGUAAAUAUGUUGGAUGG